AUGGAACCCAUCAUUAUUAACAUGAUCGCAAGUAACGAGCUCCCUCAUCCAAGAUGCUUAAAUACAGAGUGCAUACUCCUUAAAUACAAAUGCAAUCAGUGUAGCCACUGCUUUUCAAGCUUGGAAGACCUUUCUACUCACCAAAUUGUAACUUCUAAAGUAAUCCAAAUUCCAAAACAAACUGACUUGGAGGAAUACUCCGAUGAUAAAAUUGUAGCAGGUAUUUUGAUCGAGGAUUUUCACUUAACAGACUUUUUUCUGGGCUAAUUUUUUAGUUGACACAUCAUUCUGCAAAAGUAAUUUUUUCGAAAAAUGAUGCCAAGAAAUACCUAGUUGAGUAAAUGUCCCUAGAAAAAAUUAUCGAACUGAUAUACUAAUUGACCAAGAAUAGCCCACUAAGGAGCCAUUCUUGGUCUGCCAGAAAAAAUUUUGACAAAAGAUCCUAAUCUGCCAUUACCGCUGAGUUUUGGUGUUUCCAAAUUUUUUGGGCAAGCCAAAUGCAAUAAAAAAAAUUGUUCUUUUGCGAUGAUGCAUUUGGCUUGUCAAAAAAAUUUGGCAACACCAAAACUCAGUGGUAAUGGCAGAUUAGGAUCGUUUGUCAUUACCACUGAGUUUUGGUGUUGCCAAAUUUUUUUGACAAGCCAAAUGCAUCAUCGCAAAAGAACAAUUUUUUUUAUUGCAUUUGGCUUGCCCAAAAAUUUGGAAACACCGAAACUCAGUGGUAAUGGCAGAUUAGGAUCUUUUGUCAAAAUUUUUUCUGGCAGGCCAAGAAUGGCUCCUUAGUGGGCUAUUCUUGGUCAAUUAGUAUAAAACAUACUAUAAAAGUCUGCAAUACACUUUCAAUUGUGCGACUUGCUUAAAGUCGUUUGAUUCAGAAAAAGGACUGAGACAACAUGUGGGUAAAAAACACCCUCGUAAAUCUAAAAACAUGGUCUGCGAGACUUGCGGAAAAGGAUUUUAUCAUAAAUACGCUCUUGAAUUUCAUAUUAAACAAGUCCACGAUAAAGUGACAAGAUCUGAGUGCAAAAAUUGUGGUAAAACAUUUUAUAACAAAUACAUUCUUAUAAAGCACAUGAAUAAGUGCGGAACAAGCAAUAACCAGCUGUAG